UAUUAAUUAGGAAGUCGCACUCUGUUCAGACUCCAGACUGUUUUAUGUUUACAUCUCAAGUCCAUUUCGUUAACCUUCAUUGUCCGCUCAACUCAACAACCGAAAACUCACGUCACUGAUAAAAAAGAAAUUGAAACAAAAGAAUAGUAUCUUUUAGGGUAUCAACAUGAAUGCACUUAUUCUUGUUGGAGGAUUUGGGACACGGUUAAGGCCUCUGACCCUCAGUGUACCAAAGCCACUGGUUGAUUUUGCGAACAAGCCCAUGAUACUGCACCAGAUUGAAGCUCUCAAAGCUGUGGGAGUGACUGAAGUAGUUUUAGCCAUCAAUUAUCAACCAGAGGUUAUGUUGAAUUUCUUGAAAGAAUUUGAGAAGAAACUUGAAAUUAAGAUAACCUGCUCACAAGAGACUGAGCCACUUGGCACAGCUGGUCCCCUGGCUCUAGCAAGGGAUAAAUUGAUUGAUGACUCUGGUGAGCCUUUCUUUGUCCUCAACAGUGAUGUUAUAAGUGAGUACCCACUAAAAAAAAUGAUUGAAUUUCACAGAGGCCAUGGAGGGGAAGCUUCCAUUAUGGUAACCAAGGUGGACGAACCAUCAAAAUAUGGUGUGGUAGUUAUGGAAGAAACUACUGGGAAAGUUGAAAAAUUUGUUGAGAAACCAAAAACAUUUGUGGGAAACAAAAUUAAUGCUGGAAUCUAUUUGUUGAACCCAUCUAUUCUUGACCGGAUCGAACUAAAGCCUACCUCUAUUGAGAAAGAGGUAUUCCCUAAGAUUGCAGCAGAGAAUAAGCUUUAUGCUAUGGUGCUACCUGGUUUUUGGAUGGACAUUGGACAACCAAAGGAUUACAUAACUGGCCUGAGAUUGUACCUAGAUUUCUUGCAUAAGAAAUCCUCGUCAAAAUUGGCAACUGGAUCACACAUAAUUGGAAAUGUUUUGGUGGAUGAGAGUGCUCAGAUUGGAGAUGGAUGUCUCAUUGGGCCCGAUGUGGCCAUUGGUCCAGGAUGUGUAAUUGAACCUGGUGUUAGGCUUUCACGCUGCACCGUAAUGCGUGGAGUUCGAAUCAAGAAACAUGCUUGCAUCUCUAGUAGCAUCAUUGGGUGGCAUUCCACUGUUGAAAGGUGGGCUCGAGUGGAAAAUAUGACAAUCUUGGGAGAAGACGUUCAUGUUGCUGAUGAAGUUUACAGCAAUGGGGGUGUUGUUUUGCCGCACAAGGAGAUAAAAUCUAGCAUUUUGAAGCCUGAGAUCGUCAUGUGACAAUAAUUGUGAAACUAUCUGGUACUAAGAUCUGUUUAAUAUGUUGGUCCCAGUUUUCAUUUAUAUAGAACGUUUACCACGUUUAACCAUUUAAAAAGUUAGUUACCAGUGUUACCUGUUUGUAUUGAAUGAGUUACAGGAUUGUGGUCUUGACUUAUCGUUGCCUGACCAUUUUCCCCGGCUGGUUUUGCAUUGGUUUUCAAUAGACAGUCUGUUGAUACUAGCUUUAGGAUUUGUGUAAAUUUGCUUACACUUAUUCAUUCUUGUGUUUACUUGAGUGUUAUGAACUUAUCACGAAUAAAUAUAUUCUUUUUUUUU